AGGAAAAAAAAAUAUGGCGGGGGGGAUCGCGUUGGGUGAAAGGGGAAAGUUCAGAGGUUAUAAUUGUGUUGUCUUUGUGUAAAGGAGUGGAGCUCGAUUUCACAUCACUCUUCCCUCUUCCCCGAGUCCUUUCUAAACUCUCCCCCGGGUCUCUACCCUCCCGAACCUCUCCCCUUCUACCCUUACAACCCCAACCCUUCCCCCGAUCACCUUCCAGCGCACGAAUCAGAUCCAUCUCGGUGACCAAAGACCCCAGUUCUAUACGGACGACUACGUUUCAGUUGCAGUUAUGGACUCCGGUGUGAUUGAAGGAGGGCUCAAUGUCACCCUUACCAUUAGGCUGCUCAUGCAUGGCAAGGAAGUCGGAAGUAUUAUCGGAAAGAAAGGUGAAUCUGUGAAGAAGAUGAGAGAAGAGAGCGGGGCUCGCAUCAACAUCUCUGAGGGCAACUGUCCUGAGAGGAUCAUUACUUUGGCAGGGCCAACCACCGCCAUCUUUAAAGCAUUCUCCAUGAUCAUAGAAAAGCUGGAAGAGGACAUAAGCAGCUCAAUGACAAACAGCACAGCUACCAGCAAGCCCCCUGUGACCCUACGCAUUGUGGUGCCUGCCAGCCAGUGUGGCUCCCUCAUUGGGAAAGGUGGCUGCAAGAUCAAGGAAAUCCGAGAGUCAACCGGUGCUCAGGUACAAGUGGCAGGAGACAUGCUCCCUAACUCCACGGAGCGCGCCAUCACCAUCGCUGGCACUCCUCAGUCUAUAAUUGAGUGUGUGAAGCAGAUCUGUGUGGUCAUGCUUGAGUCUCCCCCUAAGGGGGUCACUAUCCCUUACCGACCCAAGCCUUCAGGAUCUCCCGUCAUCUUUGCAGGCGGACAGGCAUAUGCCGUACAAGGACAGCACGCGAUUCCACAGCCAGAUGAAAUCUCCUGCACACUGAGAGCUUCCUCCCUUGUGUAUUGUGACUUUGCCCUGACCCUGAAGACUGCAAGAAAGCUUUACCAAGAGAUGCAGCCUGCACUUUGGAGGAAUACCUAUGGGUCUUCCUCUGCUGCUAUCUCUCCACAGCUCACCAAGCUUCACCAGCUGGCUAUGCAGCAGAGCCCCUUCCCCAUCGCACCAAGCAACCAGGGAUUCACUGGGAUAGAUGCUUCUGCUCAAACCAGUUCCCAUGAGAUGACCAUUCCAAACGAUCUUAUUGGGUGCAUCAUUGGCCGCCAGGGGGCCAAGAUCAACGAGAUCAGGCAAAUGUCGGGUGCCCAGAUCAAGAUAGCAAAUCCAGUGGAUGGAUCAACCGACCGUCAGGUCACCAUCACAGGCUCGCCUGCCAGCAUCAGUCUGGCAGAGUACCUCAUCAACGCCAGGCUUUCCUCUGAGGCCACAGGACUGGCAGCCAACUGAUAAGACACUGCAUCUGCACUAAAUCUCACUUUUAUAUCAUCGGCUACCAUAAAGCAGUCAAUGCAACUAUUCAACUUAAGAGUUUAUAUAUUAUACCGCCUCUUCCUCAUUUGAAAUCAUGUCAACCGCCACUGAUUUGAUGCGCUGCGUUCAUUAUUUAUUUUGUUUUUGGUUUUACUCUAAAGAAGCAAACAAUUAGGUUUUUAAUUCCCUUUUUUGAGUCAAGUUGGAGAUUUUAAUGAGUUAUUAGAUUUUUUUUUUUUUAUUUUAUUUUAUUUUAUUUUUUGAUGGAUCCCUCGCUCUCUUCCCUUUUUCUUUCUUUGUCAUCACAGAGGAGUAGAGUUGAAAAACUCUGAAUAGGCAUAUAGAUUUAGUUCUGUACAGUCAGUUUUUUUUUCUUUAAAAAGGUAAAAUAAAAAAAAGUAUCAAAAAUAAGAAUAGAGUGACUGUUUUAUUGUGUUUAUAUAACCCCCCCCCCCACCCUCCCCCACCUCCUUUUUUUUCUCACUCAGUUCCGAAUGUCGGUCUGCCAACUUGUAUGUCCACAUGCUUUAGGUAUACAGCACUAGUCAAAAGUUUGGACACACCUUCCCAUUCCCUUCAAUGAGAAAGUGUGUUCAAACUUUUGACUGGUGCUGUACACUCUCUCCUUCAUCACCUUUUCAAUUGAAGUGCUUGUCAUAUGAAAUACACUCGUGUCACUGAGAAUACGUAGCUGUACAUGCACUGUCACUGAUUAUAUUGGUUAUGAUGACAAAUGUUCUAACACAAUUGAAUUUAUCCACAUAAUUUAAAAUGUGUAUUACUACACAUGUCACUUUCUCCUACCCCCCCCCUCUACAUGUCAUUCCUGUGUUCCCCACUCCUGUUCCUGAGAUCAUGUGUUGAUAUUUUGCUGGGAUGGGAGGUUUUUGGGGGAUUUGGGCUCGGCUUUAGGGAUCAGAAGCAGAGGGUUCUCCUCGCUUUUUUUGUAAAGACUGAUAUAUACUAAAAAAAAAAAAAAGUUGGAAUAUUUGUUUUAAAUGGAGGAAAUAUUUUUUUUAACUACCAAAGGGGGGAUUAACUCCUGGACACUGAUCUGUCUAUUAAAUGUGAUGAGGCUGAGAACUGAAUCAUUUAAGCUCUGGAACUAGACAAAGAAAGGGUUGUGAGUUAACACUAGUUUCCUGCUCUUUGCUUUGCUCGAGUCAGAAUUUUAUUUUUUAUUUGCAGGAAAGAAAACUUUUGUGCACGUUUUUUGAGACUGUAGACCCGGGUGCCACAACAUUGUUAAAAAAAAUACAGAAAUAAAGAUGUGAAUUGCUCAAACCACAA